ACCCCCCACUGCUGGAACCGAGAAGGCUGUGUCCCCUUCCUCUGGGCUCCCUUCCUGUUUCCUGUUGUCAGGAUGCUCCGAGAGCAGUAGAAGCCUGAACCAGAGCCUCUAACCCUGUCCCCCCAAUAAUGGGGCCCCCAUUGAGUCAUCUGCUGGCUGGCCUCUGUGUGUGGGUGGCCUUGGGCUGGGUAGGAGGCUCUGCUCCCAACCUGGGCCCUGCUGAGCAGGAGCAGAACCAUUACCUGGCCCAGCUGUUUGGCCUCUAUGGGGAGAACGGGACGCUGACUGCAGGGGGCCUGGCACGGCUUCUUCACAGCCUGGGACUAGGCCGAGUUCAAGCCCUUCGCCUGGGACACUACGGGCCUCCCGCUGGUCGGGCUACACCCCCAGCUGGAGACAAUAUCACCCACAGGCCACAGGACCCCGAGCUGAGUGUGGAUGUCUGGGCAGGGCUGCCUCUGGAUCCCUCAGGGUGGGGUGACCUGGAAGAGCCAGAGGCCCCAGCGCCACCCCAUGGGCCGGCCCCCUCAGGCCUGGGCCUCUUUCACAGGCUUCUGCUGCUGGACCAUUCACUAGCUGACCAUCUGAAUGAGGAUUGUCUGAAUGGCUCCCAGCUGCUGGUCAAUUUUGGCCUGAGCCCUGCUGCUCCUCUGACCCCUCGUCAGUUUGCUCUGCUGUGUCCAGCCCUGCUGUAUCAGAUUGACAGCCGUGUCUGCAUCCGGGCCCCAGCCCCAACGCCUCCGGGGGAUCUACUAUCUGCCCUGGUCCACAGUGCCCUGGCAGUCCUGCUGCUCAGCCUUCCUGCUCCCCUCUCCCUGCUCUUGCUGCGGCUCCUGGGACCUCGUCUGUUGCAGCCCCUGCUGGGCUUCCUGGGUGCCCUGGCCGUGGGCACCCUUUGUGGGGAUGCACUGCUACACCUACUGCCACAUGCGCAAGGAGGGCAGCACGGUGGAUCUGGCGCACGGCCAGAGGAGGACCUGGGACCAGGACUGUCAGUGCUUGGUGGUCUCUUCCUGCUCUUCGUCCUGGAGAACAUGCUAGGGCUUUUGCGGCGUCGAGGGCUCGGGCCAAGAUGCUGCCGGCAAAAAAGAAAGGAUCUCAGAUCUCCAAACCUGGACCCAGAGGACAGCACUGGGAUGGCCCUUCAGCCCCUACAGGCACCUCCAGAGCCAGGGGCUCAGGGCCCGAGGGAACAGGACAACCAGCCCCCAGCAGCCCCGGCCCCUCCAGGGCACCAAGGCCACAGUCACGGGUACCAGGGGAGCGGGGGCACCAAUAUCACAUGGAUGGUUCUCCUGGGAGAUGGUCUGCACAACCUCACUGACGGACUGGCGAUAGGUGCUGCCUUCUCUGAUGGCUUCUCCAGCGGCCUCAGCACCACCGUAGCAGUCUUCUGCCAUGAGCUGCCCCACGAACUGGGUGACUUCGCGAUGCUGCUCGGGGCAGGGCUGCCCUUCCGGCGGCUGCUGCUGCUGAGCCUGGUGUCUGGCCUUCUGGGACUGGGGGGUGCAGCCCUGGGGGUGGGGCUCAGUUUGGGCCCUGUCCCCCUCACUCCCUGGGUGUUUGGGGUCACUGCCGGGGUCUUCCUCUAUGUGGCCCUUGUGGACAUGCUACCGGCCCUGCUGCAUCCUCCUGAGCCCCUCCCUGCGCUCAGUGUGCUACUGCAGGGGCUGGGGCUGCUGCUGGGGGGCGGCCUCAUGGUCACCAUAGCCCUGCUGGAGGAGCAGCUGUGGCCUCUGGUCUCUGAUGGCUGAUGGGGGCCAGCGGAAAGGCGUCCAGGUUGCCCUUCCUUCCCCCCAACCAUAGGAAUGGAGGCGGGACACAGGGCCAGUAGGAGCAAUAGGAUUUUAAUAAACAGAA